GUGUGUGAAUACUGCAAAGUGCAGACCUCAACAAAGAGUUUCUUCAGUGUUAAAUAGUGUCAGCUUCUCGGUCACUCGGUUUCUCUAUUAUUUAGAGACAUGACACUUAACUAAAGUUUUGUUUUUAAUAAUUAGACGCUUGACAAUUGUUCACAAUUAUCGUACUAGGAUGGAGCCGCAAGAUAUUUAUUACAAUAAAGCUGAAUACGUUGAGACGGCCUCUGGAAAUAAGGUGAGCAGGCUUACUGUACUGUGCGGCUCGCAAAAUAUUGUGCUCCAUGGGAAGGUAAUAGUACAAUCUGAUGCUAUCAUUAGAGGCGAUUUGGCCAACGUCAGAACUGGUCGCUAUUGUAUUAUCAGCAAGAAUGCAGUCAUUCGACCACCUUUCAAGAAAUUUAGUAGAGGAGUUGCCUUUUUUCCUCUAACAAUGGGAAAUCACGUAUUUGUGGGAGAACGGGCAAUCGUGAACGCAGCACUGGUUGGUUCUUAUGUUUACAUCGGAAAGAAUGCCAUAAUCGGCAGACGAUCUGUUCUUAAAGACUGCUGCUACAUUGAGGACGGCGCGGUUGUACCACCAGAGACUAUUGUGCCAUCCUUUACUCGUUUCGCUGGUAGUCCUGCAACGUGCAUUGAAGAACUGCCCGAAUGCACGCUGGAUCUCAUGGUAGAUUACACAAAAAAUUAUUAUGAACACUUUUUACCGGCACGAGUUUAACGCUUGUUUAUUUGUAUAUUUGUAUAUGUGUACUAAUAGCUUAUAGUCAAAAGAUUUAUUCUUUUCAUAUUACAUAUACUUUGCACUCAAAUAAAAUAUAUAAUAGAAUAUCGCAUAUAAGUAAAAGAAAAAUGUUUAAAAGAAUUAAAAAUUGUAGAAAAGAAUAGAUCUAACUAGAAAAUCUCAAUUCCAAAAUUCAAAAUAUUAUAAAAUUUUGUCAAUGAAGACUAAUUUAUGAUAUGUAAUAAAUUUUUGUUGUUGCAUGAAUUAAUCCUAAUAUAAAAUCUAUCUGAAAAUUGACACCCAUUUUUCGUUUUCAUUAUUUAUUAAUGAAAGUUACUAGACUAAAAUUUCACAGAAAAAAUUUAUUUCUUCUAAUAAGAUUUACCGAUUAGAAUACUUAUCAAAAUGUAACUGUUCAAUAAUAAAUAAAAAUUAAAAAAUGGGCCAAUAUUCUGGAGUUAAGUUUAUUUUGUCAAGAUAAACUCAAGAAGCAAACAAAAAUAAUUUGUUACGUAUCAGGAUAUUCUUUAUGUAUUGCCAAAAUUUCAUAACUUUUUGAAUUUUUGAGAUUGGAUUUUCCUCUACUUUUGUAAAAUCAGCCACAUUAAUUUUGUUAUUAUACAAUACAUACAUAUAUAUAGUUUUAUAUUUUUUGGUUAAAAUAAAACAAUAUUUGAAUCAAUAAUUCUAUUUUACAAUUUAAAUUAAAAUUUCUUAUAUGUACAUUGUAUACGUAUACUGUAUAUGUAUAUUGCAAAAUUAUUAUUAUGGCUGAUUUUAACCAUGAAUCAUUAUUGUAACUUAUAGAUUUAUUUAUUGUACUUGGUAGGCAACUGAUUUCAGCAUUGUGUAAUGUUAUAAAAAAAAACUCAAUAAGAUUUACAGUCUUCAAAAUAAUCGCGUACGCCAUUUUUUAUGUACUAUUUAUGAAAUUAUAAUAAAAAUGAUAAUAAAUAUUUAUUAUAAUAUAAUUUAAUUAAUUGUAUUAAUAUGAAGUCGUUACAUUGUUCAUAAUUAGUUAAGUAUUUUACAAGUAAGUUCGAAACUAUUUGUAUUAUAGUUUUGAAUCCUCUGAAACAUUGAAAAAUAAAAACAGUAUUUUCAAGUAGACACGAAUCUGGAACAAAUGUUUACAUUCUUUAUCUUAACUAAAAUAUCUUACUAGAAAAAGUAAGUUUGUAGUAAGGUACUUCAAUGAUUUGUUUCUUAGGGUUCGAAUACUACUUGUGAAAGAUACGAUUUUUUUAAUAAAAAUGAUUUAUAUGUACAUUUUAAAUACUCGCAGAUACUCACUCUAAAAUUCAAAGUUAACUAAUCGGUAUUGAUUACUUUGCAAGUACAAUAUAUGAAAUAUUUUUUACGAAUAUUGCUCUAAAUUCUAGAAAAUAAAAUUUUAUUAUU